AUGUCUCAGCCAACCACCCUUACGGCCAAGUACGCUUCCCCCACCAACGAGGCCUUUGCCGUCGACACCCCGCUGCCCUCGGCCAGCAGCAGCGACAAGACGAGCUACCUUGCCGCGCUGCGGACCGCCGUCACCGAUGCCCAGGCCACCAUCAACAAGGAGCUCACGGCGCGGAUGGAGGAGGACAACAAGGCGCGCGAUUCGAGUGCGGGCGAAGCGGCGGUAGACGACGCCAAGGAGGAGGAAAACUACGGCGAGGAGGUGCAGGAGGAGGAGGAGGAUUGA